CACUCAGUCCAAGUUUCGGUUCCUUGUGGAUCCCUCCAUUUUGAAUCUGAAACGUACUUGUAUUUGACUGCUCCAAGUCCAUUUAUACCUGCUUGGAACAUUUGACUUCACAACCUCCUCCUCCGCAACCUCCUCCUCCAUUCCUUGAGUUUAUUUUUCCUGGACCUGCCCAUCUUUUCCUCAUUUCAUCAAGGAGGCAGGACUGGCUGGCCGGCAGGACUGACAAGACGAACGGAACCAGGGCCUGAGAGGAGAGGACGACGCCGUUGCUGCUCCGCGUCUCGCAAGCCGCCGCCACCGCUGGUAAGUGGCUGCUGUCGUAAGAGCGAGAGAGAGAGGAGGGGGCAAGAGGAGAGCCUAGCCGUAAGAGCUUCUGCUGCUGAAGACCUUGAGGUGAACCAAGCAGUCAUGGAGAUGGACCAGAUGAUCUCCGACGAGAAUGUCACCCUCACCAUCCGCCUCAUCAUGCUGGGCAAGGAAGUUGGCAGCAUCAUUGGCAAAAAGGGGGAGAUUGUGAAAAGAUUCAGAGAAGAGUCUGGCGCCAAGAUCAACAUCUCGGACGGAUCAUGCCCCGAGCGCAUCGUGACCGUCACCGGAGCCACCAAAGCUAUCUUCAAAGCCUUCACCCUCAUCAGUAAGAAGAUGGAGGAGUUCCACGAGAUGCAGAGCCCCAACGGCGGCGCCCCCGCCACCCCCCGGGCCCCCAUCACCCUGCGGCUCAUCGUGCCCGCCUCCCAGUGCGGCUCCCUCAUCGGCAAGGGCGGCUCCAAGAUCAAGGAGAUCCGCGAGGUGACGGGCGCCUCCAUCCAGGUGGCCUCCGACAUGCUGCCCAACUCCACGGAGCGGGCCGUGACCAUCACCGGCACCGGGGACGCCGUCACCCAGUGCAUCUACCACAUAUGCAUGGUGAUGUUAGAGUCCCCUCCGAAAGGCGCCACGAUCCCCUACCGCCCCAAGCCGCAAGUGGCCGGGCCGGUCAUCCUGGCCGGUGGACAGGCCUAUACCAUCCAGGGUAACUAUGCGGUCCCCACACACGGCGACGUAAGUAGCAGCAGCACCUUGUACCAACACCCGGCCGCGCCUCCUUUGGGUCUCUUCGCCCCCGCCCCCAUGCCCCCCCAAUUGCUCCCCCACCCCCACUCAGGGCUGAUGGACCCUCUACUGAAGAACGGACACUUGGCCGCCGCCCUUCCACCCGCCCAUCUAGCAGCAGCGUGUGACAUGGGGAAGAUGGGUAGCAGCCCAUUGGCCGGAUUAGCUGCUCUUGGACUUGGAGGACUCAACCCGGCAGCACCUGGAGGUAUCAAUCCUGCUGCGGCACUGGCUGCAUUGGCUGGCAGUCAGCUUCGCUCAAACCAUCCAACCCGACAACAGGGAGGAGCAAAUCCGCCAGCUCAGGCAGGCAAUGGUGCACCACCACAAACUGGAACACAGACGCAUGAAAUGACUGUUCCAAAUGAACUUAUUGGUUGCAUUAUAGGCAAAGGUGGCACAAAGAUUGCUGAGAUCAGGCAAAUUAGUGGGGCUAUGAUCCGUAUCAGCAAUUGUGAAGAACGAGAAGGAGGUGCUACAGACAGAACAAUAACCAUUACUGGAAACCCUGAUGCAGUUGCUUUGGCCCAGUACCUCAUAAAUAUGAGUGUGGAGCUGCAGAAAGCAAACCUUGAGGCCCAAAACUCCUCCACCCCUGGGAACAACAACCCUGGCUCCAACUCCAGUGGCCCUGCCAACUCCAACUCUCCCCUCGCCUCUGCAAUUCCCCUGGCACAGCUGCUGGCCAAACCUGGGGCUCUCAACGCCCUGUCUAGUCUCAGUGCUCUUGGAGGCCUGAGUGAACUCCUUGGUGGGCUCAGUGGGUCCUCUCCAGUGCAGACUACUGGUGUUCACCGACAACAUAACAAGACCUACCAACCACGCAUGCGCUCUCCAGGUGGUACAGGAAGUGAAAACAAAGGCAGAAGUGAGCGUAGUAAAUUUGCUCCAUAUUAAGUUCAGCUGUAUGAUGUAAGUUGAGGUUUGUGAGUGUUUUCAGGCACUGUGUGAAGCACUUGUUGCUGUAUAAGGAAAUGUCCCAGUGUUGUACCCUCUCAUUGGGUGUGUGGGACUGAUACCUGAAUUCAAGGACCUAGUUUUGUAUGAUUUGUCUCUUUUUGAUUACAUAUUCUAUCUGAAGAAAGAAAGUUAGCAAUAACAGUGAUAAAGGUUAUCAAACCUGUCAGACCCAAUAUAUACAACAAGAAAUACCCUUAGUGAGGUUUUUCGUUGUUUGUUUUAUUCUCUUGCAACAAUUUUGUUUUUCUGACAGUCAUAAUGCUAGUAUUGGAUUGUAAAUUCUCUGCUUUACAAGUAGGUAUUUAUUUUCAAAUACAUUUGUUUUGGCUCAUAUCUUUAAACCUGCUGUCAGAGAAGCUUGAGUUAAAAGUACAUUCUAAUGAGAAUGUGUCUGUGAUUUGCUGUGUGUCUUAUUUUUACCUAUGUAUUGUUUAUUGCCUAUCAAGGCAUUCACUUUUUAUGACCUUUUUGGUACAAACUGGAAUUAUAAGAGAAUGGAGUCAUUAUCAAAGACCACUGUGAGCACACAAACUUAGAAUUGAUGCCAGUUUAAUGUCAUAAGGAAGCAAUUCAUUUUGCAGGUCAGUCUAGGGCUAUGCCUCUGUAAGUAGAAAUUAAUGUAAUUUCUUAGGCUUCUUUUUUUAUUUUCUAUUAAGCUUAUCAUAAAUUGAUAAGUCAAGAGUGAAAUUUAGAUAACUAGUGCCCAAAGCUCUGUACUCUUUAUUAAAGCUACCACUACAUAUAUACACAUUAUCCCUUGGAACCAGUAGAUCUUAAAUUAAGUGGCAUCAUAAUAAUUGUCAGAUAUGAUCGUCUAGAUCCUAGCUGUGAUUUUUUUUGUCUUUUUCAAAUUAUUGAGGAGCAACUUUUGACUUUCGAUGUUCAAGCUUCACACAUCUAACAAAGUAUGGCAUGAAGUUCUUUCGUAAAUUGAUGUUGGGUGAGGUGCUAAGGUUUCCAAAAUUGCAACUUAGUUCAUUUAAUAUCUUAACUGUUCAUUUUACCAGGAGUAUUGUGAUUUUCUUCACUCAUCGUUGCACUAGCUAUACCUGAUCUGAUAUUCCACUCACUUUAUGUUCUUUUUCUUGAUCUGAUCAACCUAUCAGGAACUUUAUUGUUGUCAUGUAAGCAUAAAUCAAUUUCUCUUGUUUACUGUGAUCCACAGCCUGGCAGAUUUUUGUUAAUGUGUGUGCUCUCUUUAUUGCUUUGUUUGACUUUUCAUAACUCUUUUGCAAGCAAAACUACAGGACAAAUCAUUCUUGAAUAAGGGACAUAUCCAUUUAUAAAUUUAUUACGCUAGAAGUUUCUAAAUUUUUUGAGCUGUGCUGAGCACUACCAUUUUUUUCUAUGUGUUUCAUUUUUUGUUCCUAUCUCUUAAGUUUCACACUUACCUCUCCCCAAAGAAAAUAUUCCUUGUACCUUUUUAAGGCCAUUUUCUUAUUGUGGCUGGAUUUUUUUCAUUUGCAUAGUAUUUUCUCUUUCUACAUGGCAUUUUUCUUUCACGAAAUUUUUAUUUUGGAGAUGGUUUUGUGCAAUGUGUUGAUUUGGACAUAUCAACAAAACUUUUCUAUGUUUAUGUUAUGAAAAGUAAGUGGGCUUUCUGAAGUUGAAAUUACUGAAAUGUAAUUGUGUAUAUGUUUGUUGAUUUGGGGAAGUGAUGAAUACAUCGCAGUAUUUUUGUAUUAACUGAUUGUUUUGAAGUAAGCAUUGUUUCCAAUCUUUCAAUUUAAAUGGGAUGAAACAUUUGCCAAGAAUCUGGGUUAUUUCAGUACAACUGACUUUUCUAGGGAUUGAUCUUCAAUCUGUUUUUGUAGUUGUGGGUGGAAUGACCUUGCCCAUAAUGUAGACUUUUGCUAGACUGUGAGCCUUGCAACAUUCAAAGCAGGCUCACUUAAUUAUUGUAUUUUUUUCUUUCUAUGUUAUUAAAAUUUAUCAUUAGUCAACAUAUUUGUUAAUUCUUGAUUCACAUUUGACCAAUUGUGUAUACAAUCACAUAUUCACAUAUCUUUAAACAGUUGUCCGGUUUAGCCGAAGAUUAUGUUCGUAUGUUGCAUGUGCUUGCAUACUUUAUGAGUGGCUAAUAAAAACUGCCAGAAAACUCAA